AUGUUGAGGAAUAGAGUAAUAAGUGGUGAUAAGAAGGAUCAGGGACAUGGAAGAGAUGAUAGUGUACAAGGUGGUACAUUGGACAAUCCUUUGAAUUGGGAGAUGGUGUUUGUCUUUAACAAAAAGAAAGAUAAACAUUGGCAAGUCAACUUGGACCAAACCAUCAACAUCCUAAACUCACUCCAAUUAGAGUCACAACAAGAGCAUGGUGAAAUAGACCCCGAUAACAUAUUCCUCUUGGUUGGUUCAUAUGAAGCAAGUUUGAGAAAGUAUGCAGUGUCCAAGUUGAAUAGGAUGGGUAAUAGAUUGGUGGACUCGAAUACAAAGUUUACAGAGGCAGAGAGGUUGAACCUGAUUGAGAGCAAGUUGUUAUCAAGUAGUUUACUUAGACGUGUACUUGAAGAUGGUGUGAUCGAGAGAUUCCCCUAUCAUCAACCAGACAAGCUACAACAAUUCAGACAACAAUGGUAUCAUGGACGUCUAUUCAACCUACCAAUAGAGAUUGCCAACGAAUAUUUUGGCGAAGAGAUAUCAUUCUACUUCCUCUUCCUUAAGUUCUACAUAUUCACGUUGUUCUUGGUAUCGUUUAUAUCAUUGGCCUUCUCAGUGAUCCAGUACAUGGGCGACCCGAACAUGUUAUCGAAUGGAAUCUUUGCCAUAUUUGUAACUGUGAUGUCAUCAUUCUUCUUGGACUUUUGGAAGCGUUUCAGUAAUGAUUAUAGUUGGAACUGGAAUAUGGAGGAUUUUGUCGAUAAGGAGGUGCCACGUCCUGGCUUCAAGUCCAAGGAGAGGAGACAGGGUGUCUAUCACCAAUCGCUCCUGCUGACCGAUGGCGACUUUGACCGUCAGGAGCUCACGUUGGUCAAGAACUACUUUGCUGACCGUCCAUACUUCACUCGUGUCCAGGAGCGCGAGCGUGUAUUUGUAUACAUAUUCACGUUUGCCGUAGCCACUGCACUCAUACUACUUGUGCCAAUCUUUUCAAUCUCUGUGUUUGCCGUCCCCUACGCACUUGGACUGAUCAACUUUAGGGCUAGGCCAGAGGUGGAGAUUGUGAUAACUACCAUCUGCAUUCAAAUAUUCAAUUAUUUCUACAACAUGUUGGCCAUUUGGUUGACAGACAAAGAGAAUCAUAGAUUACAAUCAAACUACACGACAAGUUUAUCAAUCAAAUUGUUCUUGUUCCAGUUCCUAAACAUGUUCUCUGGAUUGUUCUAUUAUGCAUUCAUUAGAGACAAUUCAAGUAUAUGGGGUGAGCUACCUCGUAGGGAAUGUUCAGACGCUAGAAGAGGACUAUGGAACCAAUGUGUAGCCGACCUCGAAUUCUCCCUCUUCACUCUAUUCGUUGUCAACUUUACAUUUGGUAUGCUUGGUGAGUUAGUGCUACCGAAGCUACAAUAUGCGAUCGGAAAGAUGAUGGCCAAGGAAGGAAAGGUCAACAAGAAGUCAAGUCUAGCUUGUGAGGAGCAGUUCUACUUGCCAUCGUUCGAUACUUUUAGCGAGUAUAAUGAGAUGGUGUUGCAGUAUGCCAUGAUAUGUAUGUUUGCAUCUGCAUUGCCAAUCUCAUCAUUAUUGGCACUACUCAAUAAUGUAAUGGAGAACAAGACAGAUGCCUACAAACUAUGUUUCCAAACUAGACGGCCAUUAUACAAUGGAUCAAAGGGUAUUGGAUAUUGGUAUCACUUCAUGGUCGGCAUUGGAUUCCUAUCAGUGAUUACCAACUCUAUGCUUGUUGGCUUCUCAUUCCCAACUUUGACCAGCUUCACUAAGAGUGAUUAUGCAGUACUUUGGAUAGUAGUUGGAAUGGAACAUAUUGUAAUGUUGGUCAAAUAUUUGGUACAGACCAUCAUCCCAGAUGACACAUACUCAUUGCGCAAGAUCAAGUCUGCACGAGACUUUGUCAAGACAUGUAUACUUGAUAGAUAUCAUCGAGAGAAGGGAUCACUCAACAGUCCAACAUCCUCCACAUCCUCUGAUGAUGAAGAUGUUAGGACUUCGUCAAUGUGCUCAACUACAUCUGAAGAGUAUAGAGUGUCCACAAUGGAUAUUCAAUCAAUGGUUCCAUUAAUGAUCAAAGUGACACUAUCAGUAACAGUGCUAACCAUUCUGGUUACAUGUUAUGUAUUUACCUAG